UUGAAAGUUUCUAGGAAACGAGCAGCAGCAGGCACUUUGCUGGCUCUGGGCUCCCUCGGGGGAUAUUUUAUAUUGUUUAUACCCGUUUUUGUAAAAAAGAAAAUAUAUAUCUAUAUAUAUCUAUAUAUAAUAAUUUGAUAUCGUGUUUCCUAGAAACUUUUAAUACUUUGAUACGCUGGUUUUGGCAUUUUCUAACAACGAAACCUGGCAAGGAUUGGCUACAGCUUGCUAGCUUACACUGGAUUUUUUCCCCCUUUUUUUCCUCUCGACAAAGGCUGCUAAUGAGCCAGCAAAGACACUGAACAAGAUAACAAUACGUCGAUUUAAAAAGAAAAAAGAAGAAAAAAAAAAGCAACCAGUGUAGUAAUAACCGAUGUACUGUCUUCCCUGCAUUUAAAAGCGAGCGGCCGUUGCUGCUGCUAACGUUAAAGCGCCGAGGAGAGCUUUGCUAACGUUAAAGGCAGCCAGCCUCAGGAAAGAAUGACGGCUGUUCAGCUAAUAAAUAUCCAGCGGUUAUUGGAAGCAGCGGAAUAUCUAGAAAGGAGAGAAAGAGAAUGUGAACACGGAUAUGCUUCGACAUUUCCGUCAAAUCAGAACACAAACUACCAGAGGCAAAGAAAAUUCCGAAAUAAGAAGUUCAGCAGUAAUCACAAUAGGUCGACACAUAAUGAGCUGGAAAAGAAUAGACGAGCUCACCUGAGGCUGUGUCUGGAGCGGUUGAAGGCCCUCAUACCACUGGGACCCGACUGUAACCGCCACACCACCCUGGGCCUGCUCAACAAAGCCAAAGCACACAUAAAGAAACUUGAAGAGGUGGACAGGAAGAGCCAGUACCAGCUGGAGUCUCUGGAACGCGAGCAGAGGCACCUCCAGCGUCAGCUGGAGCUGCUGAGGGGAGGCAGUGGAGUUGCAGCCCAGAGCAGCCCAGGGGAGGGAGAGAGGAUACGCAUGGACAGCGUGGGCUCCACCCUCUGCUCCGACCGCUCUGACUCUGACCAAGAAGAGAUCGAGGUGGACGUGGAAAGCACGGAGUUCUCCCAUGGAGAGCUGGACAGUGUGAGCACGGCCAGCACCAGCGACCUGGACGACCACAGCAGCCUGCAGAGCAUGGCCAGCGAUGAGGGCUACUCCUCCUGCAGUGUCAAACUUGCCUUCUCCUCCUAGAAGCCCCCCCCCCACACCACCGUGACCGCCACCUCCCUGCCAAACCGGCCUGCCCUCCCAUCUGUUUAUCCAUCCAGCCAUGCCUACGUAAACAUACACCCAGUCAUCCAACGACGGGCACGCCCCCCGCCUCCCAAAGCUAACGGCGUCCCAGUUGCUUCUCAGCAGCGCCCCCUCUCUGCUCCCAGGCUUUUAGUUUCCCUCCACACUGCUGAACCCACCAUUGGAGGAGCUCCGGUCAGCGCUCUCCUUUGCCUCCGAACUUUGAGCCACCCCGACCAACACUGGCACCAGGGACCCAGACACAGCGACGUGAGACUGCGAAUUGGGUUUUAAUCUUAUUUUAAAGGGAGAUCAGAGACUUGGUUGAUAUGAAAGAAAAAAAAAAUACACAUCAUCUUGAUUUUUAAACCCAUAACACACAAAUUAGCGGUUAAUUUUACUUCUGGUGUUUCCUUAAAGUGUUUUUUAAAGACACACGGCCCCUAAUUUAACUCAAAAUGCACUUAAAUUCCUAUAAUACUGAAACAAUUCAGAGUCAGCGUUUGGUUCUCCCUCCUGCGAGUGUGUGAUGAGCUGAUCCUGUGUAUCUGUUGACGUUGUGGUGUUGGGCCUGGAUAACCGGGAGCACAUCUAAUCUGGACUUUCACGAACACUGUGGGUCAACUUUGUCGAAUCAACACAGCUCGGCCCUGGAAAAAAAAGAAAAAAGAAAACAAAAACGUCCCUCCAGCCCUGAAUUUAAUCCUCGUCUUUUUUUCUUUUUUUUUUCUUGUUGGUUUUUUUUUUUUUCAUUACCUCUGCUCGACACCACAGAAGCUCGGACACUUGAAUUGGUGCUAUUGUGAAACAUACCAACCAACAACGGGAAUGGGAGGGGGAGGAAGCAGAUCAGAUCCACCGCCACUAAGCUUUUAAAGCAAACAAAGCGUGUCUGCCGUGAUUGUUUCCAACCAAGCACGGAGGAAAACAGCCACAAAAAUGGAGGAAAAAAACAAAACAAAAAAAAAACAUUCCUGUCGAAUGUGGGUGCUCAGUGCAUUUUCAAAGAGUGGAAAUUGUAACUUUGUGUGCGUGCGUGUGUGUGUGUGUGUGUGUGUGUGUGUGUGUGUUUUGUUUCGGUUUCUUUCCCCUCAACAAGCAGCUACUACAAGCUAUCCUGCACUUGCCUACUUUAGAGCUGUCCAUAGAAAUGGCACAAAACCAAGAGGAGAAAAAAAAAAUUACAAAAAAAAAACAACCCCAACAGCAACAAGGAAAAAGUCCACAAACAACAACAAACUUUGGAAUAGAUGUCCAUCCUCUUUCCAGCAGUAACAAGCAAUAACUCUUGUAGUUGUUUUUGUCUCGUCAGUUUGAAGUCCAUCCCGUUUUUUUUUGUUUUUUUUUGUUUUUUUUUAAAUUCCACCUCCCUCUAAAGACUCGUGUGUGACCGUCCAAAAAAAAAAAGCAAUUUUUUUUUUUUUUGUACAUACAAAGCUUAAUAAAUGAAACUUUAAAAAUGAGUUUAAAAAAAAAAAAAAAGGUAGAGCUCAUGGAUAGAACUAUUGCCUCUGUUGCUGUUUUGACCUGUGUUUUAUUGUGCAUUUUAAAAAUUCGAUUUUUUUGGAGACAUUUUUUUUUUUAAAUCCUCUUCAGAGUGGCAGUGAACGUGCCAUUACUGUGCUGGUUGAAACUUUGAAAAGAUACCCAUUCUGUUCCUGCCCCCCCGAGAAAGAAAAAAAGAAAAGUUACACUCAAUACGAAACAAAAGAACAGCUUCCCAUUGCAGGAUAAAAAGCGAUCCAGUAGGACUUUUGUUGGAGAAUGCGAAUUUUGUUUGGCACUGUGUUUAUUUAUUAGACUUUUUUUUUUUUUUUUAAUCCUCCUGUUUAUAUCACUUGUGAAUGGGAGGGUUUAGAAAAGCUGUAUAUGGCAUUCCACUGGUGGUCAGGUGAUGUGCGGAGAAGAAAACGGGUUGUACGAUGUCAAAUGUUCUUCAUCCCAACUCCAGCUCGCAUUAAGACGUUGCACUUCAGCCACAGUUCUCAUUUCUUUUAUUCUUUCCCACCGUCAUGUUGAGCUAUCUUCCAUCAUUUUGUGUGCGAAAGAAGAGAAAAAAAAAGCAACAGCCAUCGUCAAUAUUUAUUUCUCAAUCCCUCAAAGAACACAAGCAAAUGGGGAAAGAAAAAAAAAAGUUAACUUAUUUUCUUCUGUCUUAUUUUACUCUUCUAUUUUGAUGCUUAUUCCUCAUUCCUUAUUUUAAGAAUUGUAUAUUUUAUGGGGUUUUUUUUUGUUGGGGUGGGUUGGGCGGGGUUAAGAAUAUGUAGCCAUUUUUUUUUUCGUUGUUUUCAUUUUUUCUGAUGUUUUAUUCAAUGGACACUUGAAAUGUAAUUGGCCCCUAAGCUGCUCCUAGUGCUGAGCCUCGCCUGUUUAGAGUCACCAGCCUUGUCCGGAGCUGACUCCCCCCCCGACAACGCUCAAUACAGACCUGAAACUACCGGAUGGGCUGAAAAAAAAAAAAAAAAAACUAAACCUUUCGCGCCCAGUCUGUUGUUCCGAGGUCUUGUUUUUGGUUUCUGCGCUGAGGGGAGUUCAUUCUGCACAAGACUCACUGAUAGCCAAGACUUUACUGGCAAAUAUUGAGCCGGCUACUACACAAUAAAAAGGGGUCUAAAACUCCACUUUCCUCUAUUAGGAGGAUUGUAGUCUCUAUUAGACUCGUGUUUUAGUUGACAAAAUGUGUCUUACAUUUACAAGGCCUCCGACUGAGGAUUUAAGAAACAACAUAAAAACAGAAGAACAAAUCCUUUGGUUUUCUCUGAAGGACAUCAUUAAGGUGUAGAGUUUGACAUGUGAGCUCUUUGGCCGAGCUCUGUUGAGGUUGUUGGACUUGGCACUGAUUCAGAAAGUCACCACUGUUGGUGCUUAAUUAUUUAAAAAUAAAAUAAAAAAAAAAAAAAAAAGGAAAAACGCCAAAACCACCUCAGAACACCUCAGUGUCCUCUCUCUUUAUCUCUCUCUCUCUCUCUCUUACUGAGGGACAGUUUACAUUUAUUCUGCCCCCCGUUUAAGUUAUUAACCUUCAUCUUAUCUUUCUUUGUUUCUGUUUUCUUCUUCAUAUGUUGGUUUUAUGAACCUGCACUGCUGACAGGAAAAGGAGAAGGUUCCCGUUGUUUUAACGACUUUCACUCCCUGCUCAGGCCUGGAUCAGACCCUCGUAGUGUUUUAAUCUGCUAACAGUACAGCGUUUUGUAUCCCAGGAUGGGUUAAAACCAACUAUGAGAGCUGAUUUUACUGAGGUCUGUCCUCUCUCUCUUGUGAGUGUACAGUGUGUGUGUUUUGUCCAUGUUCUCACUAAGGCGGAGCUUUAAAAAGACACCUGAUCCAGGACUAGUCUGCACAGAUCUCAGUGGGCAUGUUUGCCACCUGCUAUUCAGUAAAUAUCAAGCUUAUGGAGGAUGUUUGUCGUAAAAAAAAAAAAAAAGAAAUUUAAAAAAAGACACGUCCAUCCAGUGUAAGAUAAAGAGACGAUGCUGUGAUGCUGAAAACAGAAGCACUGAAAGUAGUAUGUUUUUGCUGCGGACUGGUCCUGGAUCAGUUGAUUUAGAGGUCUUACGAACCAUUUCUGGCUCUGCUGCGAAUUCAUUAGCAUAUCCUCAUAAGCUGGUGUUCACAAAGCUAUAUUUUUACCUCCGUGUUAAAGGUUUAGACUGUGGUAAAGGUCGACUUCCGGGUUUUUUUUUUUUUUUUGCAGCUCGGCCAGAAGUGGACCAGCCUGGUGAAGUGGGAGUUCCAGUGUCUUUUUUUUUUUUUUUUUUGUAAACCGCGCUCCAUUGUGGCGUCAGUCUCUCAGGAGGACGAUUUGAACAAACGGGUCCAUGAAGUGAAGUUAAGCCCAACCAAAACGAGCAGUCCCACGUGCAGUAAGGGAGCCCUCCUGUUGUUCUGAACCUGUGGCCAUCCUUUGUAAAACAUGCACUCUGAUGAUGAUUCUAGCCGUGUAAGUUGAAGAUGCAAUACUUACAAUAAAAACACCAAGAUUUUCAAACCUGAA